AUGAAGAAGAUCUUCAAGGGCCAUUUUCCCUGGGGCUUCCUGGGCUUUAGAAAUGCCAACGCUGAGAACCGAGAAUGGCACAGGUACCUCACGGGCUACAUACCUGUGAAGAAGAUACACAAAGCUGCAAGCAUGGGAGACAUAACCCAAGUGCAGAGGAUGCUCGAAUUUGGGGAUGUGGACGUGAACGUUACAGACCGGAAGAAAAGGACUGCUCUGCACUACGCCUGCGCUCACGGCCAGGCUGAAAUGGCGACCCUCUUGCUAUGGUAUGAAUGCAACAUUGAAGCCCGAGACAGCGACGAAAGUACAGCUCUGAUCAAGGCAGCACAGCGUCAGCAUGAGGAUUGUGUAAAGGUUCUCCUGGAAAAUGGUGCUGACUCCAAUGCCAUUGAUGCGGAUCAAAACACGGCUCUCCACUAUGCGGUCUACAACAACAGCACCUCCAUAGCUGCCAAACUUCUGGAGUUCAGAGCAGACACUGAAAUUAAGGCAAAGAAUGGCUACACACCGCUUAUACUGGCGGUGCUGGAAAACAGACUGGAGAUGGUGGAGCUGUUGUUACGGGCCGCGGCCAAUAUAAACGCCCUGGAUAACUACAAGAGGUCUGCCCUCAUACAUGCUGUGAGAGCUCAGUCCAGAGACAUGAUCGGCUUUCUUCUCCAGCAGGGUGCAGACACGUCUUUGGUGGAUGUCUACGGAGCAACUGCACAGAGUUACACUGUUUUUGAAACCUUUCAAGUGCUUUCCAAAGGCCCCAGUUCUGCAACAAGAGAGGACAGAUAUAAUUCUGAUGCCAAGGAAGACUGCUUAUCCUGUGCACAGUCCACCCAGGACGGGGAAAGGAUGGCGCAAUCACCAGUGAGGGAGGAAGGCAGCAGAGGCGAAGCCGACAAGCCGGGGAGCCUCGCCCCCACACCUGGAACUUCCAAGCCCACAGCAGCAGAAGAAGAAAAUAGCGUCAGCUCCAAGACUCCAGUGGUCCCAUCACCACUGCUCACUGAAUCCAACCUCUGGAUUGGGUAUCCAAAAGAUUGGCCUGAACCCAUGAAGUUCUCCAGGCAACCAGCAGUCUACAACCCAAUCGAAUGGAGGAAAGACAUGGAAUCCCGGUCAGUUCCUCUGGAGAAAAACAUACAUCCCUUGGUAGUCAUUUCAGGAAAUGAGGCAAACAUAAAGACACUCAAGCAGCCAGCCAGGGUUUUCGAGGAACCUUUUGCCAAUGAAUCUGAUCCUACAGAAGAGGAGGAUGCUAAGGAUGAACUGGUAUCACUUAUAGCUCCUCUGGAGGAAAACAAGCCACAGAUAAAAGAAUUUUCAGUAACUGAAGCUGUCAAGCUAGAGAGUGACAUUUGAUUAAAAAGACAAGAUGUUUUAGAAUAUGAAGAAAAGAGACUUGAAAGUUGCCAAGAAAGCAUUCUAGAAUCAGCUGAAAGUACUGAAUCCUACUCGAUCCUAAGGUCCCCUAACGCUUUCAUCUUCUUCUCUCCAGAUGAACUCAGGCCUGCGCAGCAGAAGCCCUCCUCACACCUCACCUCCACUUCUUGGGGACUCCACCCCUUGGACAAGGAUAAGCUGGAGAAGCAUCCCUUGGCACAGAGAGCAUCCCAGCGUCAAGUCAAGCAGAGGGGCUCCCCACCUUUACAACUCCACGAGCAAGACCAGGAGCCAGAGCGGAGCACGGCUUCUGAUGGAGAAGAUGGAUACUCAAGAUCUGGCAAGGGGAAAGUGCUCAGGGGAGUGUUGAUAGGUGGAGACAGACUGGAAGGUGAAGACACUGGACAGCUUGCCACAAAUAAGCUAAGCCAGAAGGUCAGUGAGAUCCGUGAAGCUGUCAAAAUUACUGUUCACCAUGAGGAAGAGCAAGCACGGGAUGACUCUACAGGAAAAACGUCCCUGAAGUUGGCCACCCCUAAACUGGCCUGGGAUAUGCUUGGCCGUGAGGACAGAGACACAGCUGCUGCACUGGCCGCUGUAACACUGCAGAACUAUCCCAGACAGAAGGAGGGUGGCCUUAGAAACAUCUUUCCGUCUCCCUCUUUCUCUCAGGUCUUGGAACACAGUGGCCAGUCAGUCACUAAAUCUCCCUUAAUGAAACAUAAAUUAGACCAUGAAAGUAACAAGUCCGAAACAGAAGAAUCCCUUCAUAAAAGCAAGGAGAAAUCUUCUAAAACUACAGAAAGUGGGAAGAGUAGCGGUCAAUGCCCAGAAGCAUGUAUGGGAGGAAAGCAAGACGGCUGUGAAUCCAAGAGCCAGUUGCAAAAAACUCUGAGACCAAAACACAUGGCCUGGCAGUUGGAUAGCAGACCCAUGUCGAAAUCCAGUGACUCCAAAAGGCUUUCAGAGUCCACAGAAGGGAGUCACACGAGUGAAUUUAACAGUUGGAGUGAUUCUACUCUUCCCGAUACUCAUAAGAAAAGUAAAGGCACACCGGACCUGACCCAGAAGCCCCUGCACAGCAACUGCGAGGCCCCUGCGCAAACGGCAAGAACCGCCAGUGCCGCGCCGCCUGGUGGCAGGACCGCAAGCGCUUUGGCGGAUGAAGAUCGUCAGGACAGGCUGUCCGACAGUGAGUUCCAAAUAUUAGAGGAAGAAAUCCUGGCCUGGGAGAAAGUAAACCUUGAAAACGAGAGUGUCUCUGAGAAUCUGCCAAACAAGUGUGAGGGGAUCUCUUCUGAUGCCACGGGUCAAAGGGGGAACUAUCUAGAAGAUGAGCACUCAGGAGAAUCGGACUCCGAGGCGACAACCCAGUCAGAACAAAAGAGUCUUGAUGGCACUGAAGAUACCCAGCUGCAACAUAGAGUCCUCUCAAAGACAUGCCCCCACACACAAAACACAUCUGCAGAUCCAGCUAGGCCAACCCACCCUCAGUAUCAGAAGGAAAGCACACAAAGCCAUCCUCCCCCUUUGCAUCUGAAGAAAAUGUCUGAAGAGCCUGAAAUAAACAAGAAAUCUGAUGGAGAGUGUGCGCCUGUCCGUCUGGAAGUUCCUGCAGUGAAAGCCCAUGAGAAAGCGUCCAUCACCCGAGACCUAACAGGGAAUAAUGGAGAGCCAGACAAACACAGCUGUGAGUUACAGCACACAGCUAGGGAUGUGUUUGAAAACAUCUGUCCUGACAAAGAACCACUUCCGGGUAGCUAUAGGGGAAGAACUCAGUUCCAGGUUGAAGAAAUGAGCAAGAAACGGCCAAGUCUGGAGUUGGAAGUCUCAGAGACUCUGUGUCUUAUGGUCCCUGACUGUAGUGACUAUGGGUUGACGGUCAGAAGGACCGAGAAGCUGCUUCCUACUGAAGAGAAAGAUGAGCUUGCUAAGAGUGUUUCUGGCUGGUGUAUGAAAGAAAUAAGGAAAACUGGAAGGGAAACACGGACCCCCAGACAACCCGUGAUCACACCAGUAUUUGAGAAGUCCCUUCCAGAAGCUGCUGACCUGCUGCCGGUGAAGGAAGGCCGCCAUCUGAGUGAAAUGGGUCGGGAUGAAGGAAGGCUGACAAAGAGACAAGCUAAAGAGAAGCACAAGAUGGAAACCCAAGUAAAUCAAGUAAAUGAAAUGAAAGAAGCCAACGGCCGAAGUCAGCCUUCUGCGACAGCCGCAGGAAAUGACUCUAGCAGCCUGCUGAAACUCUGGGAUAUGAUUCAUUCGUAUGAAAGACUGAUGGAGCUUAAGAACAGCCACUGCGAACUGCUUACAAGAAAACUUGAGAACAUGGAAAACAGGGCUAGCGGAGUGCAGAGAGAACAGACAGAAAUAAAAUCCUGGUUACCACACAGAGGAGGAUGGGAAGACCUCUGCACUUUGAGGUUCCCCUUGAAACCAGGUGAGAAGCAAGAACAUGCUGAGUCUAUGUUUCAACAAAAGAAGAUGCAGCUGAGCAGAAGAGAGGAGCAAUGCGGUGAAAAUGUGGAACAGACUCAACACCCAGAAAUCGGGAAAAUGAUUGCAGAUGCAAAGGCCGUAGAAAACGAUUUGAGACAGCUCUACAAGCUGAGAGAAACUUGGGAAACUACAUAUUACAAAUAUCUACACAUGGUUGUAAAGCUUCAGUUCAUGGAGCAGGAGCUAGCAGCGAUAAAAACAGAACAAAAGAAGUGUGGACGCCUCCUCGAGAGCCACAAGAACUUAGAAGAAGUUCUUCACUGCAGAAGCUGGAUGCGGGAGCACGCGAUCCAAGCAAGAGAUCAAAACAAAACUAAGGAUUUAAGAGAUGCGGAUGAAGUGGUCACGAUAGGUGAGAUGGAACUCAGAAUUAAGACCCUGGAAUCUCAGCUGGAAUCCACGAGGGGAGCUCAGCGCAGUCUCCAGGAAGGAGACUCCGAGCACCGAGCACAGCUGUGCUGGAGAGCGGGCGGUGCCGUGACACAGCCCCUGCUAAGAGAGCUGGGCGAGCAAGCCAGCCCGAGUCCGCGGAAAUAA